AUGGUGUCUGCGGUCUACUUUUGUGAUGGUAAAGGCAGGCCGAUCCUUUCGAGAAGGUACAGAGACGAUAUUCCAAUUUCUGCAAUUGAUAAAUUCGCACCGCUACUGUUGCAAUUAGAGGAAGAAUCAAGUGUAAUUCCACCUUGUUUAAGCCAUGAUGGAAUUCAAUACCUUUUCAUUCAGCACAAUGAUCUUUACGUGGUAGCGUUAGCGACGUCGUUGGCAACAAAUGUGGCACAAGUUUUCGCCUUUCUACAUAAAUUGAUGGAAGUACUAGAGGAGUAUUUGAAAUCAGUGGAAGAAGAAUCGGUUAGGGAUAAUUUUAUUAUAAUAUAUGAAUUAUUGGAUGAAAUGAUGGAUUACGGUAUUCCACAAAUUACGGAAACAAAGAUGUUAAAACAAUAUAUUACUCAAAAAUCAUUUAAAUUGAUGAAAGCAGUUAAAAAGAGUAAAGCAGCACCAAGACCUCCAACUGAAGUAACGAAUUCCGUUAGUUGGAGAGCUCCAAAUAUUGUUCACAAGAAAAAUGAGGCGUUCUUAGAUAUUGUAGAAUCAAUUAACAUGUUAAUGAAUCAACAGGGCCAAGUAUUAAGGUCUGAAAUUAUAGGGCAAAUCAAAGUUAAGUCCAAAUUAUCAGGUAUGCCGGAUUUAAAAUUAGGUAUCAACGAUAAGGGUAUUUUUUCUAAGUAUGUGGAAGGUGAUAGUGAUCCAGUAACAACGGCAGUUACUGAGGGUAAAAAGAAGACUAAUAUUGAAUUAGAAGAUUUAAAAUUCCAUCAGUGCGUAAGGUUGAGUAAAUUUGAAAAUGAAAAGAUAAUUACAUUUAUUCCACCGGACGGUGCGUUUGAAUUAAUGAAUUAUAGAUUGUCAAUGCCUGUCAAACCGUUAAUAUGGUGUGAUGUCAACGUUCAAGUACACUCACAAUCAAGAAUAGAAAUACAUUGUAGGGCAAGAGCUCAAAUCAAGAAACGUUCAAUAGCGAAUAGUGUGGAGAUUUUAAUACCAGUGCCUGAUGAUGCAGAUACGCCUUCCUUCAAAUAUACACAUGGUUCAGUGAAAUGGGUGCCACAGAAGAAUGCAAUUCUGUGGAAAAUAAGGAGCUUUACGGGCGGUAAAGAAUACUCAAUGUCAGCUCAAAUGGGGUUGCCAUCAAUUAACGCAUUAGAUAAGCCAAAAGUUAAAAGACCAGUACAAAUUAAAUUUCAAAUUCCUUAUUUCACAACGUCAGGGAUACAAGUUCGUUACUUAAAAAUUACAGAACCAAAGCUGCUGUACAAAAGUUAUCCAUGGGUAAGAUAUAUUACACAAAGUGGUGAUGAUUAUACUAUCAAAUUGAACAAUUGA